GUUCAUGUAUUUAAGCUCCUCCCAGAAAGAGCAGCGUCAGACGAGUGAGGCUGCUCUGAACGUCACACAGAAUGGGUUUCGGCACAAACGGUGAGCUGAUGGACGGCAGGUCGAAGGUCAGCUUCUGCUCGGGCUCGUGUCACGCCGAACACAUCCUGCAGGUGCUGAACGCGUACCGGCGCAGCGGCACCUUCACCGACGUGGUUCUGCAGGUGGACGGCUGUGAGUUCCCGUGCCAUCGAGCCACGCUCUGCGCCAGCAGCGUCUUCUUCCGAACCAUGUUCAGCAGCAGCUUCAAGGAGAGCACACAGCCUACGGUCAAGCUGCAGGGCAUCUCCGGCUCUGCCAUGGACAGCCUGCUGGACUUCAUAUACGAGGGCCGGCUGAAGCUGGACGAGGAGAACGUGGAGAGCAUCUUCCUGGCAGCGUACCAGCUGGACAUACCUGUGCUGACCAAGACCUGUGUCCAGUUCCUGCAGGAGCGCGUCUCUCCUUCCAACUGCCUGGGACUCAUGGACUUUGCCAGCCUGUACGUGUAUGCUCUGCAGCCGCUGCAGGAGCAGUGCCAGACGCUGCUCUACCAGGACUUCCAGGAGGUUCUGCAGCACAAGGAGUUUCUCAGUUUGCCCAAAGCUCGUGUUCUAGAGCUGCUGGCCUGUGAGUGUCUACAGGUGACCGAGGAGGUUCUGGUGACCGCUGCGCUCCGCUGGGUCCAUCACCGUCCAGACGAGAGGAAACAGAACCUCAGGGAGCUGUUGGAGCGGCUGCGGUUGCCUCUGCUGGACCUGGCGUUCUUCAGCAGCACUCUGGAGGUGGAUGAGUUGGUGCAGGAGUGUGUGGAGCUUCGACCGCUGCUGCAGGAGGCUCGCUUGUACCGGGCCUAUGGACGAGAGGUGCAGUCAGAGCGGACAAGACCCCGCCGGAGCUCCGGCUGGGCUGAGAUGAUCUUCGUGAUCGGGGGCUGUGAUAAGAACGGUUUCUCCAGACUGUCCUUCACAGAGAAGCUGAACGUGUGGUCAGGAGAGUGGACGUCGGCCGCUGCUCUGCCCGGUUACUCCAAAUCUGAGUUUGCAGCCUGUGAACUUCAGAACGACAUUUACGUAUCAGGCGGGCAGCUGAACAGCACAGACGUCUGGCGCUUCAUGCCUCAGCUCAAUCAGUGGGUUCGAGUGCAUGGACUCAGCCGUGGACGCUGGAGACACAAGAUGACCUCUAUGUGUGGGAAGCUGUACGUGGUCGGUGGUUAUAACGGCCGUGAGCGUCUGUCCGGUGUGGAGCGUUACAGUCCUCAUGAGAACAGCUGGACCUCUGUUUCUGAGCUGCUGCUGCCGGUCAGUUCGGCCGCUCUGAGCAGCUGCGGCGGGAAGCUGUACGUGAUCGGAGGAGCCGUGAGCGAACACAACAACACCGAGCGGGUCCAGUGUUACGACCCGGUCAGUGACAGGUGGUCGUUCGUGUCGUCCUGCCCGUUCUCUCAGCGCUCCAUCAGCGCUGUGACCCUCAACGACUGCAUCUAUGUGACCGGAGGCCUGCUGGACCACAUCUACUGCUACAGGCCCGUGACGGACAGCUGGAGCCGAGCCGCGGCGCUGCCCUUCAGACUGGAGGGCUGUGGGCUGACCGUGUGUGAGGGGAAGGUGUACGUGGUGGGCGGCCGUAAUGAAGACUCGGUGGCGGUGGAUCAGGUCUGGGCUCUGGAUCCGGUGAGCUGUGAGCUGAGCGAGGAGAAGCGGCUGAGCCGCUGUGUGAGUUAUCACGGCUGUGUGAGCGUCCUGCAGCGCCUCUGACCCACAUUCUGAACAAAACUAUUAUGUGAUAACACCGACGGAAAGCUGUUUAAAAUCAUGAGAUAUGAACUUCAGAAGUGCAACAUUAGACUAGACUUCUUGCAAUUAUUUGCCCAUUUCCCUUUCAUUUACUUUUUUUAUCGCAUAAUUAUUGCUUAUAAAAGCUUAUAUCUCAUAAUUAUCUCAUAAGAAUUAGGGGUUUAUCUCACAAUUUCUCGUGCCGCAAUUCCAAGGUUAUCUCACAAUUCUGAGUUUUUUGCCACAGAAACAAAAUAAUGUUGCCGCAGCUUCUAAUCUCCAAAUUCACAAUUUCUAUUGGACUGUUAAAUCUCAGAGCUGCGAGAGCCCAUAUUGUGAGAUAAUGUUUUUCUAUAAAAGCUUCCAUAAAUACCGGUUUCAAUCAUAAAUGACGGUUUCGCGCAACAGAAGUAACGUCUUCCACUGGAGGCCGCGCACAUUCAGUUAGAAGUGCCUGAACCUGUUCUCCAGAGGAUGAGUUCUAGCUGAAGUAGAUAAAACUGACUGCUCUUUAAACGACGUCUGGGGAUGUAUUUCCUCUCGUGUGUUUGUGCAAUCAUUACACAACGAUUUCUCUUUAAGAUAUGGACUUGAACUGCUGGAAAUCCCAAUGUGAAUCUGAAUCAUUCUAGACUGUGAACGACAUUCACCUCUUUGUAUGUAUGAUGGUAUUAUGCACGUAUAAAUAAAGACUGCAUUUUAUGUCUCAA